AUGCACAUGUUGAGCGUAUUAGUGAAUGAAAACACAAAUUUGUUAAUUGAAAAUUUGGUACCCCUGAUAUUAAAGAAUUCUAAUAUCGAGGAAAUCUAUCUAAGUGAUUUGACAAUCCCUUAUCUACCAAAUGAUUUUCACAACAAUGAAGGACUCUACUUUGAAAAUAUUAAAAUAUUGCAUUACGAUAAUGCAUAUUCUCCCAAGUUAUUGAAAAAGCUUGUUGGAACUGUUAAUAAAAUUGAAAAAUUAAGUGUUGAAAUAAAAAAACCUGACGAGGCUGGUGAUGGAUUAGGUGAACUGAUAAAUCAGCAAUCUAAAUUAAGAAUAAUGCAACUUCUUGUAGAAAAAGAUUGCUCUUUAUUUGCAAAAACCUUGGAGGCAUUAUCGGGUAAAUCUGGCUCAUUAAUAGAAUUCAGAGGCUAUAUUCACACUAUGAAUGAAAUGUUGGAAAAAGGAGCAGAAUUCAAAAACAUGAAAAGAUUGGACCUAUUUAAUCAUUAUGAUGAUGAGAAUAAUUCAAUGGGUUAUUUCAAGCAUGCUGAAUUUCCAUCACUUGAAGAAUUUCAUUUUCAGUUUAAUGCUAAAGGUGAUAUGGAUGACCUUAUUCAGUUUAUUAUCCGAAAUGGGUCAAAUCUAAAAGUUAUUGUCAUUGAAGGCAAUCCUGACGAAAUUUUACUUAAACUUUUUAUCAAAGAAACCAAAAAAACUUGCAGAAAUUUAAAAAGCUUAUCACAAGAAUAA